AUGAAUUCCGAAUCUAAAAGGAAAACACUGGCAUGUGUAAUGCAAUCCCAGACACUCUAUACUGCACCAGUGUGGAAUAACGCAACGAAUAAUAAGGUACUUACCAGGAAACUCACUAGAGUUCAGAGGCUAAUGUCCAUUAGAGUAACUAGGACCUACAGGACAAUCUCAGCUGAGGCAUUCGGAGUGAUAGCUGCAAUACCACCCAUAGACCUCCUUAUCAAUGAAAGAGCCAAAAUAUACAACGGACAGAACAGAGCCACGGCGCAAAAUUCCCUAAGGGCCAAUUGGCAGGAGCGCUGCAGGUCUAGUACAACAGGCCGAUGGACACAUAGGAUCAUCACAAACAUUAGCAACUGGCAGAAUAGGCGCUACGGCGAGGUCGACUACUAA